UGAGCCGUUAAAAUUUUCACUCACUGAUGCGACUAUUUAAGGCCGUCCUAGUAAGGCGUCUAGUGUUACUUUAACAGAGGUGUAAUAGCGUAAGUUUUUGUAAACUUUUUGUUUGUUUUCUUGAACAGUUUUGUUAAACAAUAUCAUCAAAAUGAUUGAAGAAAAUGAGUCUGAAAAUUGUGAUAUAAUAAUAAUAGGCGCUGGUAUGUCCGGUGUUUCUUGUGCCUACCAUUUGAUUGUUGAAUCAAAUUACAAGGGAAAGGUGAUUAUAUUGGAGGGACGUAAUCGAGUCGGUGGACGAAUGGUCGGUGAAACGAUUGAUGGUCAAAAUGUUGAAUUAGGAGCCAAUUGGAUCCACGGGAUAAUCAACAAUCCAAUUUACGACCUUGCAGUUCGGUAUAAACUAAUUGAUCCCUCGGCCACUGAUGGAUCAUCCGAAGAUGGAUCAUCUGAAGAUGAAUCCCCACGAAUGGUUGGCCUCACAUCGGCCGGUGACCUGGUGCCUGAAAAGACAAUUGCUUCCGCUGACAAGUUGUACUACUCCUUAUUGGAUAAAUGUGAAAACGUUUACAAUGAAAUCAAAGAGGGAAAAGUUUCCGCAGAUGAGAUAAUCAAUGAUUCUGUUGGUGAAUGGAUGAAGACGGAGAUUGAUAAAUAUUUGGAUACUCUUGAUGAACAAGAUAGAAUUUUACUCUCUUCCAUUUUCGCCAAUUUCAUGGCUCGUGAAACGGGUCUUUCGGGCUGUCAUUCAAUGGAUCAAGUGUCUCUACCUUAUUUCGGUGCCUAUGAAGAGCUGUCUGGAGGCGAUGGCGUAAUACCAGGAGGUUAUGGUCAGUUGAUUGAUUGUUUACUUGACGAGAUUCGGUCUAAAUUACAACGAGAUUCGAGACCAGAAAAAUUUCAACUUAUUCUUAAUCAUUCGGUUACUAAUAUUCAUUGGCCUGGAAUCGGUUCUACUUCGAGCCAAUCAACUCGUGUAACGACCAGUACGGGGAAAAUAUAUUCCUGUGCCCAUGUUGUCAGUACAAUUCCUUUGGGAGUCCUUAAAGUGACCCAUGUCGACCUCUUUGAUCCACCUUUACCUCAGUACAAAUCUGAAUGUAUCCAACGAAUGGGCUUUGGAGUAGUUGAUAAAGUUUUCAUCGAAUUCAAUGAACCGCUAAGUCCAAAAUUUAUCGACCCGUCGUUAACUGAUUGUCUUACAUUUUGGUUACCUCAAGACCUUCAAUCAGUCGGUUGGGCUUCGAAAAUUUAUUUUAUCGUUAAAGUUAGUGAGCGAUGUCUUUCGGUCUGGUUAACAGGAGAGGAAGCGAUCGCCGUUGAAACCGAACAAAUGACCAAGGUCAAAGCUCAUCUGGUUCAACUUAUUAGAAAGAUAUUGAAAGCACCCGAUCUUCCAGAUCCAAUUAACUUAACUGUCACUCAAUGGCAUCAAGAUCCUUUCUCUCGAGGAUCUUAUUCUUACAUAGCCACAGGAUCUUCUGUCUCUGAUAUUGAAAACUUGGCACAACCAAUUUACUCGAAUCCAGGUCAAGAGAAACCCGAUCUUCUAUUCGCUGGUGAGGCUUGUCAUCCCUCUUUCUUCUCAACGGUUCAUGGGGCUUUUCUAACAGGAAGAAAAGCAGCUCUCUAUCUGAUCGAUUCCGAGGUCAACAAAUCGACCUCAGAAUCUUCAACUGGAACAAUCGUACCAUAGAUGAGGAGUCAAAAACAAAUUGGACAAAUCAUUUGGACUAAGACCAAAUUAUUAUUUCAAAUAUUGUAACAUUUAAUCUAUUGUUAUUAAAAAUGGGUAAUUAUAAGUAAAUU